AUGGUAUUACUUAGCUCUUCUACCGUUGGAGUCGCAUUAUCCUCGUCAAUAUUCGGAUUUUUCACGCUUAUUCUCUUUUUAUCCGGGUAUGCCUUGCAGCAGCAAUCGGUAAAGCAUAUACAGGUGGCAUUACAGCGAUCACCAGCAGCAAAUCCCAAAAUCCAACCGAUAUAUCCUUCGGAGCAGACAUGGGAUGACGCCAACCUAUCUUCCGAGACAGUCGCGAACCCUGACACCAAAAGAAAGGGCCAUAUCUUGGGCAGACGGACAAAAUUAAGCCAAGGAAUAGACCAAUAUGCGCUGGAUGGGCUCGCCGAAGGAAACGAGGAGUUCGAGGGAGGGAUAGUCAAGUCAAAGCAUGCGUUCUUACAAAUCUUGACAAAACCUGUUGCCUCCGACAUUUGCUCUACUAUACUCCUUUUCGAGAGACUUGCAUCAAACAGCUCUCAGGCCUCGGAGAGAAUUCUUCUAUAUCCAAAGGCAUGGGAUGCUAGCUCUCCAACUAAGAGCGUCUCAUCCGCUCUCACCAUCCUGAAGAAGUCAAGUACUAGGUUGAAUGCUGUUGUUCAUGGGGUUGAUACCUCUAAUAUACGGCCUAAGGCAUUAUCAGAAACGCAGAUGAUGAAAAAGGCAUCAGAACAGCUACUUGAUUACGAGCGGGUUCUGUUUUUGCGCUCUCCUGGCCAUAUCGUCAAUAUUGAUAAGUUGGACCAGAUGCUUAUAUCUGAUAUCGUGAGGACCAUGCGAGUGGGGUCCUCUAGCAUGAUUGCACCUACCUGGGUAUCAACUCAUCUCUCUAUAACCCAACACCAGUUACCUCCUGCGUUAUUAGUGGCCAGUGAGACUUCCAUUGGCACGAGUGGCAAAGCACCAUCCAAGCCUCAUAUUCUAAACUCGGAAACAAUGCAACAGAUGAAUUAUGUCAUGGAAUCAUCCGAGUCACCUGGAAGACACCCGGGCCCCGCAUAUGUCUACUUUGAAAGCGGCAUGGUACAUCGAGGCGGAAGGGCGGACAUGCAUUAUACUGAAUGGAAGAAGCAAGUCCAGUCUGUCUGUGAAGGUGUUAAUCUCGGCCUUUAA